ACGAGGUGUCAGACACUACACCACAUUGCAAGUCACUGAGGACAGAUCAUCAGCAAAAGCUUUCUGGAAAGGGCGCUGACUGUCUGGGAAGUUUGGCAUUCCCAGCUACAUGAGCGGAUUUUGAGAGGAGGCGACGACUGUGCCUGAGGCUUCAGUGCUUUGCAAAGCACAACGAAUCACCUCUACUCUUCCCUGUAAGACGGUGUGCCACAACGGAAUUGGCCCGAGGACACUUUUCUUUUUGGUGAAAAUGACAGGAGGAGAGAGCCUAAUCAUAAACACUGGUGUUCCUGAGGAUUGUUGAAAGAAAAGAAGAAGGACCUCUGUGCAGAAAGUGAAUAGGGCAUCACCAACAUAAGCACAUUUAUGUAUUUAUUUUAAUUUUAAUUUUAUUUUUUGCAGUAGGCUAACUACAAAUAUUUUGACCUAUACUGGGCCAUAUCGGUCUUUCGGGCUCUAUUUAGUGUCCAAUAGGUUUUUAAUAGGCAUCUAGCCAACUUUUCGAACUUUUCGAAGCACGGAUCCUUUAGACAUGGAGGUUGCGGCCGAUCAGUCUCGAUGGAUGGCCCAUCAUCAUGCGGUACUCAACGGCCAGCACCCCGAGUCUCAUCACCACGGGCUUACACACAAUUACAUAGAGCCGAUGGCGCCUCUUCUGCCCCCGGAUGAGGUGGAUGUGUUCUUGAAUCACUUGGACUCGCAGGGCAACCCCUACUACCCCAACUCUCGGGCCAGAGUCUCUUACGGACAAGCGCACGCACGUCUCACGGGAAGUCAGGUCUGCCGACCACACCUCAUACACAGUCCCGGGAUUCCCUGGCUGGACAGCGGCAAGGCAGCGCUCUCCGCCGCUCACCACAACGCCUGGGCGGUCAGUCACUUCAGCAAGCCCGGCCUACACCACGCCAGCGCCGUUUACCCGUGCAGCAGCAGCUCCAGCACCGCUCCCGUCUCCUCCCUCACAUCCGUAACCCACUCCAGCCCGCAUCCACUCUACAAUUUCCCCCCAACCCCUCCAAAAGACGUUUCACCGGACCCCGGUCCUUCUUCCCCGACCUCCACCAUUACAAGAAUGGACGAAAAGGAGUCCAUUAAGUACCAUGUGUCAAUAACUGAUGGGAUGAAAAUUGAGGGAUGCAGUCCUCUUCGGGGAAGCCUCGCUAUGAGCGCACAGACACCGUCCACGCAUCAUCCCAUCCCAACCUACCCGACAUACUCUCUCCCCACUCCUCACGAGUACGGCGGCGGUCUGUUUCACCCGGGUACUCUGCUUAGUGGAUCCGCGUCCGGUUUCACACCUAAAUGUAAAAGCAAGACGCGAUCGUGCUCAGAAUUCUGCACAGAGGGGCGUGAGUGUGUGAACUGCGGAGCCACCUCCACCCCGCUGUGGCGGCGGGACGGAACGGGCCACUACCUCUGCAACGCGUGCGGCUUGUAUCACAAGAUGAACGGCCAGAACAGACCCCUUAUCAAGCCCAAGCGCAGACUGUCUGCUGCAAGACGAGCUGGCACCUGCUGCGCGAACUGCCAGACAACCACGACCACUCUGUGGCGGCGCAACGGGAACGGUGACCCGGUGUGCAACGCCUGCGGGCUCUACUACAAACUCCACAACGUCAACAGGCCACUGACCAUGAAAAAAGAGGGCAUCCAAACACGCAACCGUAAGAUGUCCAGCAAAUCCAAGAGGGGUAAGCGAUCCGGCGAGGGUUUCGAAGAGCUCUCCAAGUGCAUGCAAGACAAGACCUCUCCAUUUGGCAGUGCCAGUGCUCUGGCAAGCCACAUGCCACAUAUGGGCCACCUGCCACCUUUCAGCCAUUCCGGACACAUGCUGCCCACACCGACUCCCAUUCACCCAACAUUCAGUCACCCUCACCAUUCCACCCGCUCCCCUGCCUGGGCCGAACCUCACUGAAGUCCCACGUUCUCACAGCAUCCCCUCUACAGAGGCCUUACAUUAGCUUCUCCAUAUCAAACAUCUCCAUGCACCCCCUCUCCUCCCGUCAAGAAAUCUUUCACAGGCGAGGGAUGCGAAGGGGUUUGCAUUGGGUUAGUUCCUGGUUGGACACUUCUGAGAAAGGUGUCAUCAUAUCAACGACCAUGUCAACUUGUAUAGAGGUCGGUUUGUCGCAUUUAAAAGCAUCUCUUCUUCUAACUGCUCACUAGAUGCUGAGGAUGCUCACAGAUGGAGAGAGAGAGAGAGAGAGAGAGAGAGAGAGAGAGAGCUUUGUUUACUUUUAGCUUCUCGAUACGUUUUACUGAGUCACUUUGGUACUGUUCUGAAAGAGAAGAUGUGUCUUUGCAGAAUCACUGUGUGGCAAUUGCAUUGAGGACAGUCACUUCUGAACAUUGGCUCUCUACGAGGACUCACUCUCACUCUCUGCAUACACGAAGAGUCAAAGAGAGAGAUUGACAGAAAAGAGAGACCAUUAACUUUAUCCCCCUAACAUGCUGGAAUACACCCCCUUGGGCAUGACUCCCUCUGAAUGGACUCUAUGGAUACGACAUAAAAACAAACAAAUGUUUAUAAAGGUUAAUUGUUAUUAUCGUUAUUGUUAUAAUUGUUAUUAUGAUAAUUUAUUUUCACUCUUUAUCUCUUUUUUCACUUUCCUCAGAACGCAUUGUUAUAUUAUAAAUAUUAUUUGAUUGUUAUUGAUGAAUAAAUAACACUGACCUAUCCUAGCCAAGGCAGUGUUGCUGAGCUGUACAUUUUUAUCAUUUUCCAUUACACAAAUAAAGUAAAUGAAGUUUUAAUACUUUAUAUUUUCCCCUUUAUGUUUUUGUGUACUUCCUUGCUAAUGUCAUGUGAAUGCAUAUUUGUAUUAUCAGUAGCUAUUCACUUAAACAGAGACGUUUCUGUGGUUACAGACCAGUUUCAUCAUAUAUGUUUCCAACUCCAGGGCAUCAUGUUUCCCUGCAGUCACUGUACUUUAAUAUGAGAAACACACACAAAUGCCAAAACAUGCACGAGGCCAAACACAAACACACCCAAGCACUCAGAUACGCUGCUGUUCCAUAUACUAAGUGUCAAAAAGAAUUUCAUCUAGACAUUGUUGAGCUGUUAAAUGUAAGCAAUAUCAGAUGCACACGCUAAGUGCCCAAAGGGUAGUAUGAAUGGGAUUGCUCCCAUUGCUACAACUGCAGCUGGUGAAGAAGUAGACUUCUGUAGCAUAUAAGCCCCUGGGGUGCUUCGAUCUGACCCAGACAACGGGCUCCAAACAUUGGUUGAGUAGGGGGUUCCAACUUCAAAUAAAUAAUAGCAUACACAGGGACAUACACUGUGCAGUAUAUCGUUAGAUAUUGUCCUUGCGUCCUCCUUUUCAUCUGACCUACUCAACCUCCUUCUUUUUGCUUGUCCUUCUGGAGCCAAAGAAAAGGCAAGUAAAAGGACAGUGGAGUUUUUUGGUGGGAGAAAGAAAUAGAGAGAAAAAAUAGAGAGGGAGAGGAGGAAGGAAAGGCAAUCAAUCCAGUCCAUGAACAAACACGUGGGGGGCAGUUUGGAGCCUUCUCCCACAGAUGUGCUUGCAGCUGAGGGUUGCAGGAAACAGCUCUUAACCCAGUCUCAUUUUCAAGCUAUUUAACCCAAUCGAGUGACUGAGGAAACCAUCAGCCUAGCCAGCAGUUAAUGAGAGAGACCUAACAACAGUGCAGCCCAUGCUGAGGAGGGCCGAGUUCAGGUCAACAAUGACUCAUGCACAAGUGCAGAUGCCCAUCCCCCAUCCAAACAAUUACACACCCCUAUUCUAUUCUAUUCUAUUCACUUAAAGUUUUUAUUGUAAUGUCUAAAUUGACCCUAUUGACUUUAUUACUAAACAUUUCUAACAUUACUCCAAUUAAUUUUUGUUUUUGUUCUGCCCUAAACAGUGGCCUAAAGGUUUUUUGACUGUCCAGUCAAAUUAAUCAAUUAUCAAACCACCAGUCACAGGACAGAUCAUAGUUAUAGUUACAGUAUAUGGUUUUGACCAAAUUUGUAAUUACUGAUUUUCGGUUAAUUACUUUAUUUUUUGGCUGACAUCACCAAGCCCUCUUACUGGUGUAACUUACCAACUGGCUUCAUUCUGGUUUGUAAUGCCCAUCUUUUACAAUCCAAUCACCCCCCUCCCCCCAGGUUACCAUUGCUCAUCCUUACAAGCUUUGCAGAACUUCCCAUAGGAGAGAAUGGGAGAUUUCUGUAAACUGCACGUUGUGAAGGAAAUUGUUAAAUUACACAGUAAUGUGAAUGAAAACUGUGAAGACUGAAUCAGAAUUGAGGCAAAUGUUGAGCACAAUCGCUUUAAAAGAGAAAAGAGACAUUUGAUAGCAAUUACACACCUGAUAACAUUAGUGUAAAUGUUCAACUUCAUUUUGACACUAAGCCUCCUUCUAUAUCGGACUAUCUAUCAUAAGAUAGUUAAAAUUGUGUAAGCCUACUUGUUUCAAAGGCCUGUUAAAGAAACUUUAAUAAAACUGUAUAGGCUGAUCAGAUGACAAGAAAAUCUGUAAUUGGUUUAAACUGUAAAAAUCAUAAUUGGAGCAUCCCUAGUCCUCUCUACAAUUUUCAUCAGAAUAACAGUGGUAAAUAACAAAACAAAAAGGCUAUUUAUUUAGAAACCUGACAAAAACAAUUUGAGGAGUGAACAGAUGAUCACUCAUAAGUCUUUAAUUAAAACUGAAAUAUUGUGUACAGAACAAAAAGCCUCACUGAUGCUAGAUCUGUGUAGUAAUAGUCCAUGACUGUAACUGUUCAGCUGCAUUCCUGCUGUGUGCUUGCCAGUUAUAGAUGCCACUGGGCUUUUCUUUUUCUGUGUGUGGAGGUAUUUGUGUGUGUGUUGUUCUCUUUGGCCAGGCUCCCAGUACAUUUAACGUCCAACGGACUCAAAAAGGGCCCUCCUGAGGGAACGAGCUGUCUUCCCCAAAAUAAUAAUGGGAUCAGUCUGCGUCAGAGAGAUGGGAGAGGGAAAAAGAGAUGCUUUAUUCAAUGUGGAGGUUUAGGCACCGUGACAUGCUCGCGUGGUUCCGCGUGUGUCCUUGUCCUUUCCAUCCUUGUGUGUUUGUAUAUGGUGUAAGGGGUCUGUUCUUAUGUGUGCUUACUAAAUACUGAACAAACAUUUUUUGUCAACU